CUCAUUCCAGAAUUCAUUGUCCCCGCUACUACUCAAAUUCCGGUAGUAAAACCUACAGUACGGUGCGUUCCGUAGCGACUUCAAUUCCGCCCGUGGGGCAGACCCGAACUGGCUUAGCUUAAAGGCCACCGCCUGGCAGAAUCCAAAAUUUCUGGACGAUUUGUCGCCUUUCAGCCACCAGGGUCGCAGUCGUAGAAUUUCCGGUGGUAGACCAGGCCAGUUCCUCACCUUGUCGACAACCAAUACCUCGCCAACACGAUACACCAGCACACAAUGGCGGCAAAGGCUGCUGGAAUCGAUAAGAAGCGCAAGGCGCCGUCCGCUUCGAAAGAAAAGUCGAGUGGCAAGGCCAAGAAGGCCCGAGUUGAAGAAAUCCCAGCCGACGAGAUGGACGUUGAUGAAGAGGAGUUUGAGGAUUUCUCCGAUUCGGAGGACGGGGGCGCGAAACUGGACGAGAGACCGGCAAAGAAGGGCAAAACAAGCGGUUCCAACGGCAAGAACUUUGAAAAGGAUGCCAGCCUGACAUCGCGCGAAACCCAUGCGAAACAGAAGCAACUAGCUCUCGAGCGCAAGGCCGCCAAGCCCCUUGCCGACGAAGUUCAGCGAACGAAGAAGAUCUGGGAGCGUCUACGCAUCAAGUCCAGUGUGCCCAAAGACGAGCGCCAGAAGCUGGUCGACGAGCUAUUCACCAUCAUCACCGGUCGCAUGCGUGACUUUGUCCUCAAGCACGACGCUGUGCGCGCGGUGCAGACCGCCCUCAAGUACUCCGGCUCAACACAGAGGAAGCAGAUCGCCAAGGAGCUGCAAGGUGCGUACGCUCAACUGGCGGAGAGCAGGUAUGCCAAGUUCCUCAUUGGCAAGCUGCUGGUCAACAACGAUGACGAGAUUCGCGACAUGAUCAUCCCCGAAUUCUACGGCAGGGUCCGCAAGAUGAUCAACCACCCCGAGGCCUCGUGGAUCUUGGACGACAUCUACCGCACGGUGGCCACGAAGGAGCAGAAGGCCAGACUGUUGCGCGAGUGGUAUGGCCCGGAAUUCGUGAUCAAGGAGAUGGCCAACGAUACUGAAGUCACUGCCGACCUGAAGAAGAUCCUCGAGGCGGAACCGAGUAAACGGGGACACAUCACCAAGAGUCUGUUUGACAUGAUCAACACGCUUGUGCAAAAGAAGAUGACUGGUUUCACCAUGCUCCACGAUGCGAUGCUGCAGUACUUCCUCAACUCGACACCGGGCACGGAGGAGUUCAACGAGUUCUCGGAGAUUGUCAAGGGCGAUGAAUCGGGCGAUUUGCUGAAGAAUUUGGCGUUCACAAAGUCCGGAACCCGUCUCACCUGCCUCCUACUGGCGUACGGUAGUGCAAAGGACAGGAAGCAUCUUUUGAAAGCGUUCAAGGACACGUUCCAGAUGAUGGCGGGCGACCAGUACGCUCACCUCGUCAUCUUGACGGCCUUUGAUGUCAUCGACGACACAAAGCUCACCUCCAAGAGCAUCUUCCCUGAGAUUCUCGGCGAGGGUGGAGAUGCGCAAGUGCAGAAUGUGCUAGAGGCCGUCCACAACCCAUUCGCAAGGUCCACGAUUCUCUACCUGCUCGAGGGCAUGUCCAAGUCAUUGUUCCCUGCUGGUCAGGCCUACGAUGUGGAGGUUCUGAACGAAGUCCACGAGAUUCGCAAGAACACAAGUAAGAAGGACCCCGAGGCCCGCCGACAGGAGCUCGUGGCCGCCUUCUCGCCUCAGCUGAUCAGUGCUGUGGCUGCCACACCGCGAGAGCUGACCUCGUCAACAUUUGGCUGCCAAUUUGUGGCCGACGUGAUGCUCUCCUGCGAGGGUGACAAGUCAGCCGCCCUGGAGGCCAUUGCACAAUGUGCCGAGGGUGCGCCCACAGGGGUAGUGGAGGGCGCCGAUGAUGUGGCGCCUCCUGUGCACAUUUCACAGACCGCAUUUGGCAGCCGGAUGCUGAAGUCGCUCAUUCAGGGAGGUCGUUUCGACAAGGCCGCUGGCAAGGUGAUCCUCGUCGAGCCACCGCUGAAUUUCUCUGACACGUUGUAUGCGGUCAUCAAGGACCAUGUCCUCGACUGGGCGACCGGGCCUGGCUCGUUCGUCAUCGUCGGGCUAGUCGAGGCAAACGACUUUAGCGACAAGGAGGCGCUCAAGAAGGUGUUGAAGAAGAACAAGAGCGCUCUGGAGAAGGCGGCGACUGAGGCAACAGCCGAGCAAAAGGCAGCAAAGGAGGCGGAGGAGAAGGACGCCAAGUCGAAACCGAACAAGAAGGGAGCCAAGAAGGGGGAGAAGCCCGUUGGCAACAUGGGCAGCAAGAUCCUGUUGAAGGCGUUAUAAUUAUUAGGGUUUUCCAAACACUGCAUGAAUAGAUUUGUCACAUCUACCACGGCGCCUAUGUUGAAGCGUCAACUUACCGCUGUGAGUGCACUUUGGAGUACAGCAGAACGACCCAGGCGCGCCAGGCAAAUGCUGCCGCGCAAGGCAUCGGCGCGAAGGACGUAAUGGCUCAUGAACUGAACUGAAAAAGAAAUGUACGUAGCACAUUUUGAGCAUAGAAGCCACACUGCAGUCUAAUCAAUCCACUCACGUCGUACACGGC